AGCACAAGCUGCAGCGUCAACUGUCUGCUGGAGUUGUGAAGCAGAGUCCCAGUCAAAGACAAGCAAGCGGCGAGCUGAAUUCCUGUGGCGAUUUGGUUGAUGCUGAGCGGAUUUUGUUUUUAAAAAAAGGACUGCUGGAAUCUGCAGCAGGAUAACCAUGCAUCUGAUUUGCAUCUUGAUUUAGCCAGAGUUGAUGCACACAUGUGGCUCUGUAAGCUGUGACUGUGACCAUACUAUCAAGGAAAUUCCUCCAUUCUCAAGGGUCACCUCGACAGAUUAAGAACAAAUCAGAAGUCUACAGGGAGAUGGCCACUGAGGAAAACCAAACUAAAGUUGGCUCUGUGGCAGCAUUCCACCAUGUUUCACCUCUAUCCACUGGGAGCAGACCCAGCAAAGAGGACAAAUAUGCAACUAAUCUGCCGGAAGCAAGGCGGAGCACUGACCAGCGGUGGCUCCCAAAGCAGCGGAGCUGUCCUUCACUCCUCCUCAACAGGAAGCCGCCAUGUGAUGAUUUCAAAGGGACGUUUUUGGACAAACAUUGUGAAGAGUAUAAGUACAACUCAAAAGUCAUCAGUCCCAAAGAAAAACUGUUCAAGGAAGUUUCAACUGCUAUACAUGUUGAAAGAAAAACUACGAUAUGUAGGAAUAAUUCAGAAGGAUCUGUGUUCCUGGACAAUGCAGAAGAUAAUAUGAAUGAAGGUGGAAACAAAUCUACCAGUAGUCCAUGCUCCUGUGGCAUGUCUAGCUUAGAAAGAAGUAUGAAUUGUUGCUUAUGUCACAGCCUUCAGCACAGUCCAAGCCCCGGCUCCAGUCCUGUUCAACAUUGUCACCUCCGCCGUGGCAGUGUGCCUGUGUCAUUGCUGGCUUUUCGUAAGGAUGGUCCAUCCAGUGAGCCGAGCUCUUUGGCUUCCUCUCCCUGCGGUUCUCCCCAACUCUGCCUCCGCAAGCAUCACAAGAAUGGUCACAUUUCUCUGUCCCACCUCAAAGAUGGAUAUUCAAGUUUAGAGAGACUAAAUAGAAGGCCCAAGAUUAAAAAAUGUUCCUUGGAGAAAGCAUUCGCUCGAGGUCCGUCUCUGGAAAUGAUACCAACAACACUGGAAGCAUCCGCAGGAGGGGCCACAAUCUGCAACAGUGGGAGCAACAGCAGUGGUGAGGAAGAGGGAGACAUCCUGUCAGAUAGCAGAGAGUUUGACAGUAAAAAACGUUCCACUGUGCUGGUGAGGCGGUACUGCAGAAAUAAUGAGAAGGUGAUCAAGUCAGUGUGUGCAGGAACCAGCGCAAUUGUCAAAGAACUGCCAUCAGGUUGCAUCUCAGAGGAUGCCUGUGGAAUUGUUAUUGACUACAAACUCUGGCGUCCUCGCAAAGAUUUGAGGCCAAUCUUGACACGUGGAGAACAUUUCAGAGUCUGCAGGGAGAUGCUUCGUUCUGUCAGAGUGAGCCCACACCUGGUCACCAGCUGUUUGCAGGACAGAGAAGAAAUCAAUCUAAUUCAUCCUUCCAGAAAGCUUCUGUUGUCUCAGCCUGGAUGUGCCUGUCUCAGGGAGCCUCUAAGCCCACUCCACCUUACCACACCAGUGGGACCGGACUUGAAAACCUGCUUUAAUCCCUGGUGUCACCAACCUUUUCAUACGCAUAGAUUGUAUCGUGCUUGUGACCAGAAGACGUUGCUGUGUUCCCUGCUCACUGGAGCAUUCCUCGAGGCCACGGUUUCUCUUGGGGCACGGGCAUCUCUUCCCUUCUCAUUACCGCAGUGCUCUAACGGCCACGCUGUGCUAAAAGAGCGUCAGCUGGCCAACAGUAUGACCAGCAGCAGCUCUCUUCCUCCCAGUGUGAGCGGGAUCAGCAAGGAGCUGGCAGAGCUGCGCCACCUCGUUCAGUUCCCAGAGGAGAUCGCCUGCAUCCUCACAGAGCAGGAGCAGCAGCUUUAUCAACAGGUCUUUCCUUUAGAUUACCUCUGCUUCCUCACACGAGAUCUUGGCAGUCCCGAGUGUCAGACCAGACGCCACCCAAACCUCAAGGCCUCGCUGUCGGUGCCGGCCAUGCCCACACAGAAUGCUCAGCGCAGCAAUGCUGUGGAGGACCUAGUGGCGCGGUUCAAUGAGGUGAGUUCAUGGGUGACGUGGCUGGUUCUGACGGCUGGGUCCAUGGAGGAGAAGAGAGAAGUUUUUUCCUAUCUUGUCCACGUCGCCAGAUGCUGUUGGAAUAUGGGAAACUACAAUGGUGUCAUGGAGUUCCUGGCUGGACUAAGAUCCCGUAAAGUGUUGAAGAUGUGGCAGUUUAUGGACCAGACGGACAUCGAGACCAUGAGAAGUUUGAAGGAUGCCAUGGCUCAGCAUGAAUCUUCUUCUGAUUACAAGAAAGUUGUGACCCGAGCGCUCAAUAUCCCAGGCUGCAAGGUGGUGCCAUUCUGUGGGGUUUUCCUAAAAGAGCUGAGUGAUGCACUGAACAGCACAGCAAGCAUCAUCAGCCUCAAACAAUCUCCAGAUAACACAGAUGACUCAAUAGAGUUUGUGUCCGACUACAGCGGGCAGCACAAUUUUAUGUCUCGGUCCGGGUCUGAUGGGCUGCACAUCCCAGACAAAGAAGCCACCGUCAGCAACAUCCUGCAGAUUAUUAGAUCGUGCAAUCGUAGUUUGGAGUCUGAAGAAUCCGAUGAAACAUCUACCAGUCCCUUGUCAACUGGUCCAUCCCUCACAUACAGAUGCAACUCUUUACGGGACCGCUGCCGCAAUCAAUUCACAGUUGGAGACUUGUCGGACUCGGACGGUGACCUGUCCGUUGAACCAAAACUGAAAGAGGUGGAGUUUCAGGGUACUGAGGAGACGCACAGAGCUUUCAGUCACGGCACGGAGCUCAUUCCCUGGUAUGUAUUGUCACUACAGCCAGAUGUUCACCAGUUUUUGCUGCAGGGAGCUACAGUCAUUCAUUACGACCAGGACAGCCACCUCACAGCUCGCUGUCUGCUGCGGCUUCAGCCUGACAACACGACGCUCAUCUGGGGUAAGCCUCAAAGCGGAGGAGCUUCCCCCAUGGAACAGCCACCCGGGUUAGGACAGAGCGUGGUGCCUGGGUUAGCCGAAGGCCUCUUGGACAUUGGAGUGGUGAAGGCAGUGUUUUUGGGCCACCAGGGGGUUGAUGUUCACGCUGUAUGUUUGCAAAACAAGCUGAGCCAAAUGAUGGUGGAGGAGAACGGUCUGACUCUGCUCUACGGUCUCAGUACCACUGACAACAGACUUCUACACUUUGUGGCACCCAAUCACACCGCACAAAUGCUCCACAAGGGCCUGACAGAGCUGGUGAAUGCAACCAGGAAACUAAAGAAGUUCCCAGACCAAAGACUUCAGUGGCUGAGGAGGCAGUAUGUUAGCUUAUAUCAGGAGGAAGGCAGGUACGAGGGUCCCACAUUAGCUCAGGCCAUUGAGCUGUUUGGUGGGAGGAGGUGGAACAUGGGCACAGGUGCUGUAGAGAAACAAAGUAACCAGAAAAACAGCCCGCUGAGCAUCAAUGACAAGUCCAAGAAGAAAAAGAAGGUUCUUGUAAGGGGAGACAGUGGGGAUGCCACCGAUGAUGAGAUGGUUUCCAGGAAGACGCGGAGCUGUAAGGAAGGUUUAUAUCGAAAUGGUCCUGAAUCUGACAGCAUCGACCAAGAAGAUCCAGAUGACAGCUUCCCAGGACCAUUCUCCAUAUCAUCCAAUAAGAGCUCUGGGUUGCUAGCCUCUUCCUCGUCAUCGUCUUCUUCCUCCAGCAUGGCCGGGUCCAACCACUCCCGUCCACAAUCAUCUCCAAUCCUGUCAGGGACGUCCAAGUCACAGCCAGGGGCGUGGAGCAGCAGAUCAUGGCACGGCCGAGGUAAAGCCUGCUUCAGGGGCUUCCAGAAUCUCAUGAUUUCUGACAGCACCAUGAGCUUCAUUGAAUUUGUUGAACUCUUCAAGUCAUUCAGCAUCCGAAGCAGGAAGGACCUGAAAGAACUGUUUGACACCUUUGCUGUGCCCUGCAGUCGCUCAUGUCCAGAAUCCUCCCCUCUCUACACCAACCUCAGGAUAGACGACAAAGAUACAGGACUACAGCCAGACCUGGACCUACUCACCCGGAAUGGAUCUGAUCUUGGCCUUUUUAUCCGGACGAGGCAGCUAAUGUCAGACAACCAGAAGCAGAUCUCAGAUGCGAUCGCGGCAGCCAGCAUCGUGACAAACGGCACAGGGGUGGAGAACGCAUCACUGGGCGUUUUGGGAUUGGCUAUACCACAACUCAAUGACUUUUUAGUGAACUGUCAGAGAGAGCACCUGAGCUAUGAUGAGAUCCUCAGCAUCAUACAGAGGUUUGAGCCUUCAUCAACCAUGAGACAAAUGGGUUUUAUGUCCUUUGAAGGUUUUGCAAGGUUUCUGAUGGACAAAGACAACUUUGCUUCUAAUAAUGAGGAAUCUCAGAUGAAUCCAGAGGAGCUGCAGUACCCUCUGUCAUAUUACUACGUUGAGUCUUCUCACAACACCUACCUGACUGGUCAUCAGCUCAAAGGAGAGUCCUCUGUUGAGCUUUAUAGCCAUGUUCUGCUUCAAGGCUGUAGGAGCGUGGAGUUGGACUGCUGGGAUGGAGAUGACGGCAUGCCAGUCAUUUACCACGGACACACACUCACCACCAAAAUCCCCUUUAAGGAUGUGGUGGAAGCCGUAAAUCGGUCCGCAUUUGUCAACUCUGACAUGCCAGUCAUAUUGUCCAUAGAGAACCACUGCUCACUUCUGCAGCAGCGUAAGAUGGCUGAAAUAUUCAAGACUGUGUGUGGGGAACGUCUUGUGACUCGUUUCCUUUUUGAGAGUGACUUCAGCGAUGACCCUCACCUGCCAUCCCCACUGCAGCUGCGUGGGAAGAUCCUCCUCAAGAACAAGAAGCUGAAAGCCCAUCAGGCACCGGUGGACAUCCUCAAACAGAAGGCUCACCAGCUGGCACACAUGCAAGCCCAGGCGAGCAACGGAUCAUCAGGAGUAUCUUCCCCUAACAACCACGCUAAUGAAGACGAGGAAGAAGAAGAAGAUGAAUAUGACUAUGAUUAUGAGUCUCUGUCAGAUGACAACAUCCUGGAUGACAAGCCCGAUGCUAAGAGCCCGGCUGACAAGGAGGAGCAAACUGUUGACGAAAUACCAAAGAGGAUGAAGAAGGCCGACAACAUGAUGCAGAGCAAAGGAAAGGUGUUCGACAUGGAACUGGGUGAGGAGUUUUACCUUCCUCAGAACAAGAAGGAAAGCCGUCAGAUCGCACAGGAGCUCUCUGACCUCAUCAUCUACUGCCAGGCUGUAAAAUUCCCUGGUCUGUCUACCUUGUCUCCAUCUGGCUCUGGUAGAGGAAAGGACAGAGGAAAAAGCAGGAAGUCCAUAUUUGGAACAGCUCCUUCUCGCUGUGGCGCAACAGGGGAGGUCACAACCCAAAGCCGCACCCCUGGAAAAGGUGGCUCUGAACGGCUCAGCUGGGAGGAACAGCAGACAUCCCCUGUCCUCAACCCUUCCACUUCGCUCAGCGCAAUCAUCCGCACACCCAAAUGUUACCACAUCUCAUCCGUCAACGAGAACGCAGCCAAGCGACUGUGUCGGCGGUACUCUCAGAAGCUGAUCCAACACACGGAGUGCCAGCUGCUCCGGACAUAUCCAGCAGCUACCAGGAUCGACUCCACGAAUCCCAACCCUCUGCUCUUCUGGCUGCAUGGAAUUCAGCUGGUGGCCCUCAACUAUCAGACAGACGAUCUGCCGAUGCAGUUAAACACAGCGUUGUUUGAGGCUAAUGGUGGCUGUGGCUAUGUUCUGAAGCCUGCUGUGCUCUGGGACCGUAGCUGUCCACUUUACCAGCAGUUCUGUCCGAUGGAAAGAGAUCUGGAGAAAAUGAGCCCAGCAGUCUAUUCCCUCACUCUUGUUUCUGGACAGAACGUCUGUCCGGGUAACAGCUCCGGCAGCCCCUGCAUCGAGGUAGAUGUCCUGGGAAUGUCGGUCGACACCUACCAUUUCCGCACCAAACCCAUCCACCGCAACACCCUCAACCCGAUGUGGAGCGAGCGCUUUCAGUUCACGGUGCAUUUCGAGGAGAUGUGUUUCCUGCGAUUUGCGGUGGUGGAGAACAACAGCUCCCAGAUCACGGCUCAGAGAACUCUGCCUCUGAAAGCCCUCAAACCAGGUUACAGGCAUGUUCAGUUGAGAACGCAGCAUAAUGAACAUCUCGAAGUCUCCAGCUUAUUCAUCUACAGCCACAGAACAGAGGAAGGUCCCAAAGGGGGCGCCACUCCCUCAUCUUUGCUGUUUAGUUCAGAGGAGAAGCGUGUUUCAGAGCAGCACAGGGUGACAGUACAUGGGGCUCCUGGUCCAGAACCCUUCAAAGUCUUCUCUGUAACGGAGCAGACCACGGCUAAACAGCUGCUGGACAUGGUAUGUGCGACAGAAAUUAAAAAUGAAAAAGCGACUGAGGCAGGAGUGAAAGAAAUAAACACGCGUUUGUCAUUUAUAUAUGUUCAGGUUGUGACAUCUGGAGAAAACCCUUUCUUGUGUGAGGAGAAAGUGCCCCUGCUGAAGGAGCGCAGCGAGGUGAAGCGCUGCGCUCAGUAUCGGCCCCUGGCCCCCGAGGAGGAGGUGGUCAGGCUCGUCAGUAGCUGGGACACAGACGAUGGAUAUGUGGGGAGGAUCUGCAUCAAAACAAGAGAGGAGAACCUCACUGACAAAAUCACUGUCCUGGAGAGAGAGGAGGAGGCGACAGUGGCGGGGAAAGACGCAGCAGGAGGUGGUGGCGGCAGUGGAGGAGAGGAUGAGAUGUUCUUGGUUCAGGUCCAUGAAGUUUCACCAGAACAGCCUCACACUGUGAUCAAAGCCCCGCGGUACAGCACGGCUCAGGACAUCAUCCAGCAGACACUGUCAAAGGCAAAGUAUUCCUACAGUAUUCUGUGCAAUCCCAAUCCCUGUGACUAUGUGUUGGUGGAGGAGGUCGGCAAGGAGGCCGGUUCUAAGAAGUCCUCUGCUGCCAAGCCCCUUCAGCGGGUGCUGCUGGAUCACGAGUGCGUCUACCAAGCUCAGAACCGCUGGCGAGGCGCUGGAAAAUUCAUUCUUAAACUCAAAGAGCAGUUGGUGCGGGAGGACAAAAAGAAAGUGAUUUCCUUUGCCAGUGAGCUGAAAAAGUUAACCAGUCGCAGCCGCAGCAUGACGACAGGCAUGGCAGCGGACGGCCCCACGCAGAGGUAUCUGUCUGCAGCUGCAGGUCUGAAGGCGUGGGUGACUGAGGGUAGGGUGGCGGCUGGAAGGUUCAUCCAGGGUUCCUCUUUCUCCUCUUCCUCCUCCUUUAAUAGAGAACUCCAACUCUUCCACCCUCCCAGCUGCUCGCUGACCCUCCGAGUUUUGAAGCUUCACCUCCUUAGGAACUGGAAGAUCCACAAAUGAGAUCCAGGAGGAAAACUUGCACUGACUACUCAUAAACUUGGAGGAAUGUUCUGUUUUCCCACAAUUUCUGAAGUGUUUCCAUGAGGAAUUGUAGAUUUUGAGGUAUAUUCUUCUUAAGGUGAGGAAUGCAUAAUAAGCUUGUUUCCUCAGUUGGUGGAAUGAUGGACAGGAGUUUGGGAUACUCCCAAGUGUCUGUUCCCAUUCCUCUUUGUUUAUAGUGAUUGUUUCGACUCCAGAGAUGGUCCAGAGUAUCAUGGGCAGCUGUUUUUAAUUGCAGUCUUCAGGGACUGUAAAUAGCACUAAAAUAUUCCUCCUGUUUCUGAUGAGCAGGAGGAAAAAAUCCCAGAGGGACAGUUAAUUGACAAAUAAGUGUAAGUUUAAACUGCUAAAUGAGCUGCUCAAUGGAUAAAUGUUUUUUAUUAGACACAAAUUAUUUUGUGGUUAAGAUGGUUCAAAGGAGGCAACUGGUUUGAUGUAAACUGAUACUCAAGUAGUGACAGAUGGAGAAAGAUCUUAAUUAAAAUGAAGGAUAUUGUAAGUAAGGAGAUUUUAUUCUUCCUCUCUUGGGUAAAGACAUUAUAACAGAGGCAGACAAGCGGGCUUGUUUGGUUCUUCUUCUCACUGUUUCAAUUCUGUUGUGCUGUAAGAGCACAGUUUGAGGCAGUGAAGUAAACUUUUCCACUUUACUUAGUCAUUCACUAAUAGGAGCUGCGAGGCUCCAGGCAAUUUGUCGAACACUAAAAUACCUGCACUAAAAGCAACAGUACACAUGGCAGCAUCCUAGAACAGCGUAGGUGUGCACUGUGCAAUAUUGGUUUCUGUUUAGGAGCAAUUGUGGGACCUUUUGUUGCUUAACUUUAAUAUGGCUGAAGAAUGCUGCAAAACUGCCUCAAACUUCUGUUUGAAGAUGUUUUUAAGGAGGAUUUGAAGCUGUGGCACAGAAAAUUUAAGAGCUCACAUCUCUUGCUACUUACCAUUUUGGCAACCAACGCAAUACCUUUAGGAAAAUAUAUAUUUUGCAGUACUAUUGAGAGGCCACUGUACAUCUAAAAUCUGUGCAAAUUUUCAUUUCCCAGUUUCUCAAUCUAAUGUGUAACAAGAUUUCAAGUGGAGCCGCAGUCAAAUGGUUCCUAUAAGUUCAUGUUAAGUUCAUGCAGCUGAAUUAUGAGUUCAGCUCAUAAUUUUUUGUGAUUAUUUUCCUAACAGCAUUUUGCACAUUUUGUUUCUUUUAUUUGUGUUAGAUGAUCAUAUUGUGUUUUGUUUUCUUUAUUUUGACCAUUUUGUGUUGCUUUUAUUGUGAACUAAGUUUUUUUUUAAAUUUAAAACAGAAGAAAAUGUGAGAUGAAUUUUAUUUGAGUUGUUCAAUGUAUCAUCUGAGCUUAAAUUUUAAAGUUGUUGGACAUAUUUUUGUAAACAAAUAACUGAUAACUACAAUCACUUUUGGCCAAUUUUUCCCAUUUUCAUCAGUAAGUUUUUAUUACUAUUUAUUUUACUUAGAACUGUAAAUGUAAAUGUAUAUUUGACAUCUGAUUUGUAGAUAUGUCAGGUCUCCCUCACAUAUUUCUGAUCCAACCUAAAGAGUGCCUCAUGAUGUAACUUUUUUUUCUUUUGUUGGUAAAAUUAAGUCUGGAAAUGGAAACAAUAUUUACUCCAUCAUUUUCCCCGAGCAAAACAUUGUUGGAAAAGUUGAAAAAAGAAGAUGUAAAUAUGGAUAAAAAGUAAAAAUACAAAAAACAUACACAUGACAAUUUCUACUAAUAUGGUUGAAAAGCUGUUAUUUAAUUUGAUCGACAAACUGAGAUUUGCUUUCAUUGUAUUUUUUUUUUUUAACCAACAAAAAUUGCUUGCGUUUCAGUUGAAUAUUUUGUUCUUCAAAAGCAAAAAAUCUUUAGUUGUUUUGUCUGGGUGGUGACUUCUGGUGAGAGGAACACCGAUUUACCAAAACAUGCAUACCAACCCUAAAUGGCCACAAAUAGAUAUGGAGUUGAAUUUACAAACCACUAAAUCGUCAAAGCUUUCGUGGGACAAAUCAUUCGUUAUCUCCUCUCAUAAGUC